AAUCUAUGGAUUUCACAUAACUGGGAAUACAGAUAUGCAUCUGUUGGUCACAGAUACCUUAAAGGUAGGGGCGUGGAUCAGAAAACCAGUCAGUAUCUGUGACCACCAUCUGCCUCAUGAGGCGCGACACAUCUUUGCAUAGAGUUGAUCAGGCUGUUGAUUGUGCCCUGUGGAAUGUUGUCCCACUCCUCUUCAGAGGCUAUGUGAAGUUGCUGCAUAUUGGUGGGAACUGGAACACGCUGUAGUACACGUCGAUCCAGAGCAUCCCAAAUAUGCUCGAAGAGUGACAUGUCUGGUGAUCAAGGGAUAGACAUCUUGCAAGAUGAUUUUUUUAGGCUUCUUGGUGAUUUUGACGUCAGUCCAAGCUGUGUCUAGGCCUACAUUCUCCCCCGUGUAUGAGCUGAAGGUGCGGUACGGAGACAAUGUCACCCUCCCCUGUACCUUUUCCUCCUACCUGGGCCAGGAGGAUAGGGGGGAGGUCCGCUGGGAGGCCAUGGGGCAGGAGGUGGCCUCUAUGGAGGUUGGGAACAUUCUUGGUGAGGCCAGAUGGGACGACGGGGCCAAGGGGGUGGAGGUCAAAACGACACUGGGGUUCUCUUCCCGGGUGGAAUUCCCCCCAGCAGAGAGGAUGAGAGAUGGAGACUUCUCUAUGACCAUCCAGGAGACAGUGCUGAGCGAUGAGGAAAUGUACGAGUGUAUCUGGCUGGGCCGCAAGACCAUCUCUACGGUCUGGCUCAAGGUUCAGGAGCCCGACCCUCCGCGCUCUAUCACGCUGUUCAAGGGAAGCCCGGUCACUCUGCCCUGCUACGGUGUCAUCCCCAAGACCCAGCCCACCAGCCAGAUCUACGUCCAAUGGCUGAAGGACGAUGUGGAGAUCAUGACCCUUAACCCUGGUCCAGACGACAAGGGACCUAAGGAAGAAGACCUCCGUCUCUCUCUCCCACCCAACAACCUGCUGGAGAAUGGUGACCUGUCCUUGUUUAUCUACAAGACGGAGCUCAAAGACCAGGGAGUCUAUCGCUGCUUCUACAAGUCCAGGGGCUUCGAGGACCCUAAGAGUGGGAUACCAGAGGAUGUCUAUCUGACCAUCCUAGAUCCACACGCUGACCUAUAUAACUUAACAGGAACAGAGAAUGUCACCAGUAGCUCAGACUUCAGUGGGACUAGUGGUGACAGUGAGAACCCAAUAACAUUCUUCACUUUGGUGACCCAAGAUAAGGAGGAUAUGCAAGGGACAUCAUCUGAGCCAAUAUUAGUGCAGACAGAGAUGACACCAUCAUCACCUGAUGCAACCUUCGAGGAUCUAGAAGACGUGUUGGCAGUGUGGGCAAAGACCCUUCCGCUGGUGCGUAUCGGGAUAAUCACCGGGGUUCUGCUGGUUACAGCUCUGAUCUUCUUCCCUCUGCUGGCUCUCAACAAGAUCCCAUCCUAGACCCACAUUAGGAAGAGAGGGUAGAAGCAAGGUCAAUUAAUUAGGGUUUUGGAGGGCUGAAAAACAGUUUUCAAUCUCUUUUAAUCAGACUGAUUCAGAUCUGUGUCUAUCAGGUGACUCUCGGCCAAUCAAUUACAUCAAAUGAUAAUUAAUUCAGGACUAGUAACUUUUUAAAGUGUAUACAGUGCAUUCGUAAAGUAUUCAGACCCCUUUGCUUUUUCCACAUUUUGUUACGUUAGCCUUUUUCUAAAAUAUAUUACAUUAUUUUUUUCUUUCAUCAAUCUACACACAAUACCCCAAUUAUGACAAAUUGAAAACAUGUUUUUAGACAUUUUUGCAAAUGUAUAAAAAAACAGAAAUACCUUAUAUACAUAAGUAUUCAGACCCUUCGCAAUGAGACUUGAAAUUGAGCUCAGGUGUAUCCUGUUUCCAUUGAUCAUCAUUAAGAUGUUUCUACAACUUGGGAGUCCACCACAAGCUUUUUGCUGUCAUUAUGGGGUGGUGUGUGUAGAUUGAUAAGGGGAAGAAAAACAAAUUAAUGCAUUUUAGAAUAAGGCUGUAAUGUAACAAAAUACGAAUGCACUGUAUAUGUGAAUAGUCAGAAAAUGCUACAUUAUCUUAGCCACAUUAGAGCUACAGCCUCUAUGCAUUUGUCCUCUGCGAUGCUGGAUCAACCACUCAUCUGAGCUGCCAGUGAGAAGUCUCACAUCGUUUGAUGUCCGCACUGCUACGUCCGCUGAAUGCUUUGGAGGUUGUGGAUUGGAAUGUGGGAUUGGACUCAAGGCCUCAGAUGAACCCUUCUAUGCUCUGUCCAUAUUUAGUAUUCCUAUUAAUAGCUCUCCCUGCACCAGGAAAUAUGUUUAUUGCUACAAGUGCUGGAAUGAUGACGAGGGCGGGGAGACAGUCUUCACAGAUGUACAAUAAACGUGUGUUGUGAGCACAUUGAAAA